CGGCGGAGAUAUGGAAAUAGUUGGCUUCGUACACUUAUGGCCUCGUGCCAUGAGAUGUUACUUCGUUCUUGAGCUUACAUAAAAACUGGUCUAUCCCUCGACUUUGCAUUUGGACUUGUGCAUUCUCAAAGUUGUAACACCUUCGCAGCCAUCCUUGCUGCGCUUGAUAGUAGCCCUGUUUAGACUGCAGCUAUGGCAGCAGAAGUUGCACGCCCCCCAAAGCCGCCUUUCAGCAGCUUGUUCACUCAGAUGUUCCCUCCCCGUCCCAUGUUUACCGAGAAAAAUAUCGCGGACCAAAGCGGCAAGGUCUUUAUUGUGACGGGCUCUAACACCGGCGUUGGCAAAGAGGUUGCCCAGAUUCUCUAUUCUAAGAACGCUAAGGUCUACAUUGCUGCGCGCUCAGAAGAAAAGGCCAAUAAGGCAAUUGAGGACAUCAAGAACGCCUGGCCGAAGUCGACAGGUUCACUUAUCUACCAGCAUCUUGACUUGGCAGAUCUAACAACCAUCAAGGCGUCUGUGGAUAACUUCAAGCAAAAUGAUAGCAAGCUCUAUGGACUUAUUAACAAUGCCGGGGUACAGGCAUUGACCGCGGAACCUCCCAACAACGUCACGGCCCAAGGCCACGAGAUUCACUUGGGAGUCAAUGUACUUGGUUCAUUCCUCUUGACCAAGCUUCUGACCCCAACCCUAGUUGCUACGGCAAAGACAGAACCCCCGAACACCGUCCGUGUGGUUUGGGUCUCCUCUCUCGGGUUAGAAGUGGCUGGAGAGGAGCACUAUGGUAUAACUACAAAUUACCUCAAGUACUGGCCGAAGAUUCCGCCAUUGAGGAGAUAUGGUGUUAGUAAGGCCGGUAAUUGGUUAUACGGUGUUGAGUUUGCCAAUCGAUACAAGGCGGACGGCGUUGUCAGUGUACCAUGUAAUCCUGGACACCUGAGAUCAGACCUCUACCGCGAUGGCAGUUUUCUGUUCAGGGCUAUUAUCAAUACAUUCAUUGCGUAUCCGUCGAUUUACGGCGCAUACACAGAGCUCUAUUGCGCAUUGUCCCCUGACAUAACUAUUCAUGAAACAGGGAGUUGGAUUGUUCCAUGGGGGCGAAAGUACAGCCUACGAAGUGAUCUCGAGGCCGCUAAGAAAACAGAAGCGGAGGGAGGGAACGGGCAUGCCAAAUCAUUCUGGAACUGGUCGGAGGAACAGGUGAAGAAAUAUGCGUAGUCAGACUGUCUCAAAGUAAUCAACGGGUCGUCACCAAGGCCAAGGACCAUGCCGGAUAUUCUCUUGACAUUGGACAGUUUUGUCAUAUCAUCUGAAUUUGUGAGAAAAUCAACUCGAUAAUAACUUUCUCCCUUGUUUUGUAAUUUUUGCAGAGAGUUCGACAGGUGCGGAUAAGUAAGAAGAGGCCAUUAAAGCUUAUUAAAUUUAAGAAUAUCAUUUCUUGGAGCUCAGAAAGCAACCAUAUGAUAUUACAG